GACCUUCGUUGUCAGAGACUAGUUAGCCAAUCCCAUUCCACGCAGGCGCACAAGCAGAGAGGGCUCCCUGCUGAAGGCGGACUCGGGCGUGGAGGACUCGUCACUCCUGGUGCCCGCAGCCAUGGGGGCUGCUGAGAGCUUCCCUGUUACACCCACUUCGAAACCCUUCCUCAACAAACACCUGGCACACGUCAGCGACCCCCGGUCCCCCACACCUGGGAUCCUGAGGACCCCCAUUGAGGUGGAGAGCUCCCCUCAGAGAAGCCCCUUGGCUGAGUCCAAGGAAGCGGUGAGGGCAACUGAACAGAUCCAGAGUUGGGACCCUCGAUCGCCAACCCUCGGCAUCUCACGCACCCCUAUGAAGUCUGUGAUGGCUGACACCAUAAAUUGUUUGGUGAAGCAGCUCAGCGAGGCCUUUGGGGCAGAGACCAUGGAGCACGAGUCACUGCUGGAAAAGCCAUUAGACCAGGGGCCAAAUCUUGGAGCUGCCUGUGUUCCAGGGGAGGAGACAAAUGGAAAGAACCCUCAGGGGGAAGGCUCUGCCAGGGUUGUGUCUCAGGAAAAGAUCCCAAUGCGGGGUGAGGAGAAGCAGCCACCUUCCAACACUUGUGCUCAGCCUGUAAUGAGACCAGCUCGCUUCACUGACCCACCCCGCACCUCUGGGGGCAAACCCACAAGACGCAAGGCCAGCAACAAAGUCUUGGCAGUCUCUGGUGGUACCGGGCGCUCUCCCCUCAGCAUCCUACAAGACGACAAUUCCCCGAGUACUCUCACUCCUCGCCAGGGUAAGAGGCACCCAUUGCUGGCAGAGAACCUGGGGGAGUGGAAGGAGGUGGCAGCAGAUCCAGGGUGCAGCCUCAAAUCAGGGGGCCGUGACUGGAAUGAUUUGAACAAAGAGAAUCAACACUGUCAUUUGGUGGAGAAUUAAAGGGUUUGGGGGGUCCCCUUUCCCUUGGACUCCUGACAAUAACCCUUUCUUCUAUCUGUGCUUCUGGAAUGGAGCCUUCUAAGGACAAAGGAUCCUGCUCUUUUGGGUAGGGACACCCUGGGCCUGUAGUCUCUUCUCACCCAAUCUUUUCAGGCGGAGAGGAUGAACAGUACUUCCUUUUCUCUCCCCUAAUUUUAUGCAUAUCUCUUUUCACAUACAGGCUUCUGUGCUAUGUGGCUGUUGGUCUCUGAAACCUCACUUGCACUGCCUCAAUUUAUAAGCCCAUGCAUGUGGUUAAUAAACACACUUUAAAG